AUGAAGAUUCAAAGUUCCAACUUCAAUAUUCAACCAGAUGUUUCGAAGUAUCCUGAACAAUUACAGAUGUUGAUUGAUUCUCGCAAUUACUUUGUUAUCUCAACGGUUAUGUCUUCUUCAUUAUCAGUACCCAUGACUUGGUUAUCCAUGGUGACCAAGCGUCGUGAUGUUUCCAAAGAACAUCAUAUCCUUUUUGUUGAGGAAAUUAAGAAAGUGGAGGAGUCUGUCAAUCUAAAAGUGGAGGCACUCAAAUUUGAAAUGUCGAAGGAGGUGGCUAAGAUUGAACAAAACUAUUCGAGUCUUCAUGGCAAGGUAGACAUUAUUGUUGAUGCGAUAAAGAAGCUAGUGGAGUAUUACACUUUUUUUUCUACCAAGCUCGAUGCCAUGACAGAAACAUAUUCGAAAUUGUUUGCUAAGAUGGAGGAGUUUUUGGAAAGCUUGAAGGAAUCAAUGUCGAAGAUUAAUCUUUCUCACUCAUCUUCUAUUUCUCAGGAGUCAAUGUGA